AUGGAUGCAUAUGAUUAUAUCAUUGUCGGUGCAGGCAUUGGCGGUCUUGUUCUGGCCAAUCGACUGAGCGAAGAUGCCUCUGUUAAUGUCCUGCUCAUUGAAGCCGGUGCCAAUCGUAUGGGAGAUCCCCGUAUCGACACUCCUGGUUUCUUGAGUACAAUGUAUGGCAAUCCAGACUUUGACUGGGAUUAUAUGAGUGUUCCCCAGGCCCAUGUAAACAACCGGCAGAUUGGCCAGCCCCGCGGCCGGGUCGUUGGUGGAUCCUCUGCCAUGAACUUCUCGUUAUCUGUGUACCCCACUGCAUCGAACUUUGAGAGCUGGAAGGCCCUGGGCAAUGCAGGCUGGGGCGCGGAGGAUAUGGCACCCUAUCUUCGCAAGUUCCAUACCUUUACUCCACCGAGCGAGGCCACAGCAGAGCUGCUUGGUAUCAAUCGCUAUAUGAGGACUGAGAAUCAAGGAUCUGACGGCCCUGUGCCAGUGUCUCUGCCCGAUGUGUAUGGUGAUUUCAACAAGGCAUGGGACGAGACAUUUGCACAAUUGGGCUGGCAAACCGAUGCCGACCCAAUCCAGGGCCAAAAAAUGGGUGCAUUUACCAGUCCGCUGACUGUUGAUUCAAAUAUGGGCAAAAGAGGAUAUGCCGCAGCUUACUAUUCCCCCGAGGUUGCGGCGCGACCAAACCUGCGACUGCUUACAGAGACAACUGUCGAGCAUGUUCUUCUUUCCCAGGAAGAUGGAGCUGUCGUCGCAACAGGAGUACAGGUCAAGUGUCAAGACAGUUCAUACCAGAUCACCGCCAAGAAGGAAGUGAUUCUCUGCGGAGGCAGCUUGAAUACUCCUCAGCUACUUGAGCUCUCUGGCAUCGGAAGUGCAGAUCUCCUCCAAAAUCACAAUAUCCCAGUCAUUAUUGACAACCCGGCUGUAGGCGAGAACCUACAAGACCAUGCCCUCUCCACCAUCAACUUCGAGGUUGCAGAUAACCAGGUCUCGGGUGAUAUCAUGCGCAAUCCGGAAAUUGUCCAAGCGCUGAUCAAACUCUACGAAGAGACAAAAGGCGGUCCAUUGUCGGGCAUGCCGCUCAGUAUGGCCUAUCUCCCCUUGGUGGAUGGAAAGGGCGCUGUCCCUAAAGAGCAAAUCGACAACCUCCUCUCCACGCACCUCGAUAUGGAACAUGCCCCAACGAGCCUGCGAGUGCAAUACAACCAACUCCGCGAGAUCCUUCUCCGGAACGAUGACACCUCCUCCCACUACCUCUACAUGCCUUCUCAGCUCCAGAUGAAUACAGGCAAGACAACUCUCUCUGAUGUCUUGGCUAAAACCUUCCCAGAAAAUUACAUCUCCAUCUUGGUCUUGAACAGCCACCCCUUCUCUCGUGGCUCAGUCCACAUCUCCUCUGCAAAGAGCGAAGAUAAGCCAACCUACGACCCGAACUUCCUCUCGCACCCUCUCGACCUUGAGAUUAUGGCAAGACAACUGCAGUACCUGGACCUUGUGGUGAAGACAGCACCCUUCUCUUCUCUUCUCAAGGCAGGAAAGCGGAUGCCUGAGCACACCAAAGACCUGAGUGAUCUGGACCAUGCAAAGGAGAUUGUCAAGGAGCGCUUGUUUACCUGCUUCCACCCUGCGGGUUCAUGUGCCAUGUUGCCUAAGGGGAGUGGAGGUGUGGUUGAUUCCGAACUGAGGGUGUAUGGAACGAAGAAUUUGCGAGUUGCUGACGCGAGUAUCUUCCCUCUUGAGCCUAGUGGAAACAUUCAGGCUGCUGUGUAUGCAGUCGCAGAGAAGGCAGCCGAUUUGAUCAGAGCUAGAAGCUAG